AUGUCGUCUCCACCACCUCAGCCUGAGCCACCCUCCGCAGCCGACCUUGGUCCACCUCCCGCCUUGCCAGCCUCAUUGCAGGGAAUCGCAAAGCCGGGAAAGGGCAAAAGAGGCAGAAAGACCUUGAUAAACCGGGGUCCUACUGCACUGCCCAAGAACCGCGGCAAUGGCUUCGAAGAGUAUUUCGCCGAUCCGCCCAUGACCCCUGAUGAAGCCAACGAGGAAAAGAACGAGAUCUAUGCCCCGCGCAUCCAGUCUUGCAUUCAGCGCUUCCGCUCGCGCCGUCGUCUCCAGGGCGACCGCACUCUUUACUUCAAUGAGUAUCUCUUCCUCGGCGGUGUCGACUGUAACCCUGGUGCCUUUGGUGGACUUGGUCGUCAGGACUUGAAGGACCUGACUCCUGCUGAGCGUCGGGAGGCGACUGCAACGGAUAUCGUGUAUGGAACCACGGCAGCUGGCGACAGAUUCUACAACGGCGAUGAUGAUGCGUGGACUGUCGAUUUUGCUGGCAUUGCCGCUGGCUUCAUCUCGGUUGCUCUUGUGCAGCUGACGUCCUUUGAGCACGGGAGAAUGAUGACGGGCAUCGACACUGUUAUCAACUUUCUCCGAUACAUCCUUCAUCACGACGUGUGUCCAGAGUAUGAAGACGAUGUCAAGGCCGCUCUACGGGUAUGCGACACAGCUUGCGUCGAGUGGCCCAUGGUUCGACAGCUCUAUACCUCCCUCCCUGGAAACUUCAACCUUGCUGCCGCGGAGCUCUUCUGUCCCGCAGAAACCGCCGAUGAUGCAUGGUCUUUUCAACAGUACAAACGCCCAGAUGAUUUCGAUCCCAAGUCUGUCUUCUUCUCAGCCAUCGCUUUGAUGGACGAACCGGAGCUGUUUGGGCGCAUCUGCACCAAGGAACCCAAGCUCGAGAGAGAGUUUACCUGCACUAUCGAACUUGUCGAGGUGUUUCGUCCGAGGGAGGACAUGAUCAAGCGAGUCAAGUCACUCGUCAUUGGAGACAACCCAUUCGAGCACGUCCCUGUCGGAAAGGCCAUCUUCAAGCAGGGCACCAUCGAGGACGACUGGGAGACGCCCGUCUUCCCAUGGCCCAUCGCCGAGGAUACCAUGACACUGUUCUUUGACGACAACAUCUUGGAGUGUAUGGCGCCGGGCAUGAGGGCCACCGCGACCAUCUACGAGCUGGACGCUGGUCUAAGAUUUGUCAAGUCGGUCGAGAUCAUCGUCCCUUCGUUUUACACCUAUCUUCCUCAGGAGUUGAUGCGAGGUUACAAGGAGCCCAAGGAUUCGGAUCGUCCGGCGCCGUCCAUCCAUGAUCCCGAUGCAGAGGAGAAGCAGCACGCCGCGGCUGCCAAGGAGGGCUAG